GAUGAUUAUUAAACGUGAAGUUUAUAAAGCGCAGUCCUACAGGUUCCUGAGUAUGUGAGUUUCAGUGACAUUGGCAUGGAGGUCCUGUUGUAGAUCCGGACUAUGCUCUUCCCUUUGUCCUCUGUGAAGGAAGGAAGGUAGCCGUAUUCCAUACUUGCUUCUGAACAAUUCCUGGAAAUAUGUCAGAGCAUGAACAAUCAGAAAGGUGCUCCUUAGAGUAGGCUGAGCGAAGGCCUGAUACAGAUGGUUAGAAUAAAGGUGGAGGUUUGAGCUCCUGAAGUGGUCAAAUUCAGGGAGUCUCUUAGAGUGGACAGCCCAAAUAUGUGGAUCUGUUCAUCUGAACUUGUCCUUGAGGUUUGAAUUUUGAGAGAAAACAGGUCAGGCAAAGAGGUAAGGGAGGGGCCUCAUGCUCAGUGUCUGCAUUGCAAACUGGCCAGCCCCAAGCUGGUUCUAAAAGUUCUGUUGACCUCCAUGUCAUAUCCUGUGGAUGGAAUUGCUUAAGUGAAUUCAACAUGACAGACCCAUGUAAGGGAGAGAAGGCAAAUAAAGCAAGACAAUCCAAUCCCCUGGAUGAUAAAAUACUUAAAAGGAGUGGCUAUGUGGAAGGUGAUAACCAUCAAUUUAAACAAGGUGUUACUAGAUCCCAGAGUGACAGUUGAUUCUGGUGGUGUCAGGAGAUAUUUCACUUGGAAAAGGAGUUGUUGAACUGAAGUCCAUGGGUAUAUAACUCAAUGUGUUCAUGAAAUUGAGCAGGAAAAGAAGGUACAUGGUUUAAUUGAAGAUUAUUUUUUUCUUUAAUUAUGAUUGCAGGUAAUAAACUAUAUAGUAUUAGCAAUACCUGUGAUUUUGUUAACCAUCUAAAUCAUAAAGAUAUUUAUAUCAUUCUCUAGUUUCAGAUAUUUUAAACCAUUGUUCAGACUCAUUACUUUUGAAAUUAAUUUGUUCUUCAUAUUUAAUGUGCUGAUGAAGCACAUACUUGGUGCUUUAAUACUUUUGAAGGUUGUAUUUCAAUAUUAGCUUUUUAAAGAAUUCUGUGUAUUUCAUUUUAUGCAUUUAAAACAUUUUUUUUCUGAGAAGUCCAUGAGUAUUACCAGACUACCAAGGGGAUCAUGGCACCAAAAAGGUUUAAAACUCUAAUUUAGAAGGCAGUGACUAAUCUGUAUCCUGAAUUUUAGGAUCCUUUUGAGGAUCAGGGUGUAUUUUAUUUUUUAUAAGCCCCACAAUAUUGCAUUAAUAAAGCUUUUACAUUCUCAGUUUUUCUUCAAAGGACAUAGGUUCCAUAUGUUCGCAGGAUCUCCCAGCCUUCUGAUGGGGCCCUAGGCCUCACAGUUGCUAGACCUUCCCAGUGACAUAUUUGGAACUAUCCUCAGCCAUCUGCAGCAUUCUGGGCCCCUUGGACUAUGAGCCACUGCUCCCCGCCCCAGCAGGGACUGUACGUCACAGCUUCUCAGCAGAUGUCCUGGAGCCUACUGAAUGAGUAGUUCCCUGAGGUGCCCUACUGGGGAGCCUAAGCUUUGGGGCCCAGAGGAAAGGACUCAGACAAGGUAUAAAAUUCCCUUUUGAGCCCACAGGUCCCCAGAGCCUGGGGACCAAUCAGGUACUCUGCCUUCAAAUGUCUGCUGGACCAGCUUGGUCAGAGUUUGGAGAAACCCAGGAAUGAAGAAGGCCUGGGUCUUCUGUUUCCCCAGUUUAGGAAGAUGAGAGAAUAAAUAAAAUCGUUGCUGCUCCGAGAAAACCUAGGAAAAGAGACCAUGGAGAUUUUGACCUCCUGCCAUGAGGAAAAGGCUCUUCCUUCUCAAGCCCCAGCCCUUUCCCAAGACAGCAAAGACCAGAGCAAGUUCCAGGAGCCCUUGACCCUCAAGGAUGUGGCUGUGGUCUUCACCCAGGAGGAGCUGGGGCUGUUGGACUCUGCCCAGAGGAAGCUGUACCAAGAUGUGAUGCUGGAGAACUUUAGGAACCUGGUGUCUGUGGGUGAGGGGAACUUCUGUGGGUAAUUGACACGAGUUUAUUGCUGUGUUCUUAUUCCCUGGAAGGAAGAUGUUUAUGGUCUUUAAAUCCUUUUUAAAAUAAAACUUAGUUUGGGCCUGUAA